GUCGGCCCAAUGAGCGCCGACGAGGGCCGAGCCGUGCCGAGCCGAGGCGAGCCGAGCGGAGCCGAGCCGAGCCGAGCCGAGCCGAGCGGGGGAGGUUUGGGGCUGAGGGAGUGUUGUAGCGAGCGGGCUGCCGUCAUGGCCGGCGGGAUCGUUAGGUCGCCGGCCGCCUGGCGCGGUGGCGCCGCUCUCUUGGGAAAAGUCGCCCGCCAGGAGUUCUCCGCCAACGUUAUCCGCGAGGAGGAGCCGUUGUGGACGAGGAGUGCCUUGCGUUCCAUGAUAUUUCACCGCAAGCUCCUACGCUUUUUCCUAGCCGCUCCCCAGAAGGCCGUUGUGAGGUUAUCCGGAGCAGAAGAUUGUGGCGCACCUCUUCUUGGCCGUUUGAUGAUUGAUGGCGAGAAGUGUGCUGCUAACCUGGGCCUGACCAAUGGAUUCCGGAUGGCUGUGAGAUACCCACCCUCAGCCCCUUCAGACUACCGCGCACGUCUCUGUAUUCUGGGUGGCCGUCAGUUGGGCCGGCCUCCUGGCUAAGAUGUUUGCACCGCAGGAGUUGCUGCACGCGUACGGAUCGCCACCGAAUGGAUUUCACGUGUUGCCCGUCAGCCUAGCCACCGUUGACAUAUAAUUGUUUUUGGUGGGUGCCUAUGGAGGGUAAUGAAAAGCUUUGAGCAGCAUUUGCACAAUAAAGAUGGAGCAUGGGGAUAUCA